GUAGCUCUAAGUGGACAGUUACAGUCGGCCUCCCUUGCUGUGAGUAGCUGUCAGUAAGUUAUAUUGCAUGGAUCGUGGCUUACAUCUGUUCUAUGGAGGGACUUUCGGGUCAUUGUUUUGUCAUACGUUCUGCUUUUCAAUGUCUUUUUGUGCAGUCCAGUCAUUCAUCUCAACGUGCUAGCAUACAUAUUUUCAUUCUUACAGACAAUUUUCGAUACACGUGUGACAUCUGUGGCAAAAAAUACAAAUAUUACAGCUGCUUCCAGGAGCACAGAGACUUGCAUGCAGUGGAUGGUAAGUAUUCUUCUCAUUUCUCACAAUCUAGGAAUCUGGUACUUAGACCCAUUCUGUAACCGUAUCAUUUCUGAGGGAGACUGGCUCCAUUGUGCUGUAUAAUUAUAUCCAAUAAACGGAGCUCUAAUCCCUGAUUGUCAUCCAAACACACGAAUCUCACAUGGACUCGUAAAUAGGGAGUUAUACAUUGAAUCCAAAAUUCCACUUCUCAAGUAUUGCUUUCAGCUGGACUGUUUUGGUCUAAAUUUGGCAAUCCCCUUUUAAAUACCCCUCAAUUCUUGUUUGGUGAAUAAACUCAAUAAGUGUGAAGCCAUAUAGGAUUUAUAUGAAAUGUGCUUUUCAGCCCCGAAUUUCUUAUAAAACUCCAUAUAGCCAACGAUAAGGAGCGCACUGGAAAAUGUCUUCCGUCCGCGCACAAUAUGCGGUACUGUUUCUGUAGUCGUGGGAACCUGCCCUCACUCAGUAAUACUGCACUGCCACCAGUAGGGGGCACCAUUGAGCACAACCAGGUCUUACAGUAAUAUAUGACCGGGUACUACAUAAAUUACCAGCACAGUCUAUGGAUACCAGCACACUUACCAGCAUCAUACAAUCUAUUCAUCUCUUUAACAAGCCUUUACAUCUCUAUAAAUGUCUUUACUAACCCUGUAUAUCUAGGAUAUAGCUCGGCUCUUUACUAACCCUGUAUAUCUAGGAUAUAACUCGGCUCUUUACUAACCCUGUAUAUCUAGGCUAUAGCUCUAUACUAACCCUGUAUAUCUGGGAUACAGCUCUUUACUAACCCUGUAUAUCUGGGAUAUAGCUCUUUACUAACCCUGUAUAUCUAGGCUAUAGCUCUAUACUAACCCUGUAUAUCUGGGAUACAGCUCUUUACUAACCCUGUAUAUCUGGGAUACAGCUCUUUACUAACCCUGUAUAUCUGGGAUACAGCUCUUUACUAACCCCGUAUAUCUGGGAUACAGCUCUUUACUAACCCUGUAUAUCUGGGAUAUAGCUCUUUACUAACCCUGUAUAUCUGGGAUACAGCUAUUUACUAACCCUGUAUGUCUGGGAUACAGCUAUUUACUAACCCUGUAUGUCUGGGAUACAGCUAUUUACUAACCCUGUAUGUCUGGGAUACAGCUAUUUACUAACCCUGUAUGUCUGGGAUACAGCUAUUUACUAACCCUGUAUGUCUGGGAUACAGCUAUUUACUAACCCUGUAUAUCUGGGAUACAGCUAUUUACUAACCCUGUAUAUCUGGGAUACGGCUAUUUACUAACCCUGUAUAUCUGGGAUACAGCUCUUUACUAACCCUGUAUAUCUGGGAUACAGCUAUUUACUAACCCUGUAUAUCUGGGAUACAGCUAUUUACUAACCCUGUAUAUCUGGAAUACAGCUAUUUACUAACCCUGUAUAUCUGGGAUACAGCUAUUUACUAACCCUGUAUAUCUAGGAUAUAGCUCUUUACUAAUCCUGUAUAUCUGGAAUAUAGCUAUUUACUAACCCUGUAUAUCUGUGAUACAGCUAUUUACUAACCCUGUAUAUCUGGGAUACAGCUAUUUACUAACCCUGUAUAUCUGGGAUACAGCUCUUUACUAACCCUGUAUAUCUGGGAUACAGCUCUUUACUAACCCUGUAUAUCUGGGAUACAGCUCUUUACUAACCCUGUAUAUCUAGGAUAUAGCUUGGCUCUUUACUAAGCCUGUAUAUUUGGAAUAUAGCUAUUUACUAUCCCUAUAUAUCUGGUAUAUAGCUUGGCUCUUUACUAACCCUGUAUAUCUGGGAUACAGCUCUUUACUAACCCUGUAUAUCUGGGAUACAGCUCUUUACUAACCCUGUAUAUCUGGGAUGUAGCUCUUUACUAACCCUGUGUGGCGGAACCAGCCUCGCCACUAGGCAUUGGAGAAAACUGAUUGCCAGCCUCCUGCCAUGUGACUAUGGCCCCUGGGGUGUAUUGCCUGCUCUCCUGUACUGCUGAGUAUUGCUACCAACUAGGUGGAUUUGGCUAUGGAGCUUGUGUAGUGCCCUCUGUUGGUAGCAACAGUAAUAUGCACUACCUGAAUAGCAAUACUGGUAAUUUGCAUAUUUGGGUAGAUUUGCAUAUCGCUAAUUCUGAAUGCAGGAGAGACAUUUUGUGUUAAUUAUGGUCUUCCCCACCCAUUUAUAAAUAUGUAAUUAUGUUAUCAUAAGUCACUGUAUGUUGCCUGCUAUGAUUUGACUGUUUGUAAUUUGAUUGAGUUUUCACAGCAAUGUUAAUGUAAUGACCAUAUGGGCUAGUCCCAAGUAAAAUAAAGUUUUAGUCAGUUCUACUUCAUUCUCAAUUUGGAGUCCUGUUUCUUAAUGGGGGAAUCUGCUACAAGGGAUUGCAAUGCCCUGCAUAUUCCUUUGCUAUAAUCACUCCUAAGCUCUUUUAAGAGCUCAUUCCUGCUUUGCUCUGAAGGAAGAGAGGUUUGGCAUGUGGCGGUUGUGGUGUUGGCUAGAGUGCCUGGAAUCCUCAAGAAGCGCUAGGAGCAUCCAUCAACGGAGGUACCCAGUCGGGGUGCCAGGUGAUCCGUUACACCGUGUAUAUAUGGGAUACAGCUAUUUACUAACCCUGUGUAUAUGGGAUACAGCUCUUUACUAACCCUGUGUAUAUGGGAUACAGCUCUUUACUAACCCUGUGUAUAUGGGAUACAGCUCUUUACUAACCCUGUAUAUCUGGGAUAUAGCUCUUUACUAACCCUGUAUAUCUGGGAUACAGCUAUUACUAACCCUGUAUACAUGGAAUACAGCUAUUUACUAACCCUGUAUAUCUGGGAUAUAGCUCUUUACUUACCCUGUAUAUCUGGGAUAUAGCUAUUACUAACCCUGUAUAUCUGGGAUAUAGCUAUUUACUAACCCUGUAUAUAUGGGAUAUAGCUCUUUACUUACCCUGUAUAUCUGGGAUAUAGCUAUUACUAACCCUGUAUAUCCGGGAUAUAGCCAUUUACUAACCCUGUAUAUCUGGGAUAUAGCUCUUUACUUACCCUGUAUAUCUGGGAUAUAGCUAUUACUAACCCUGUAUAUCCGGGAUAUAGCCAUUUACUAACCCUGUAUAUAUGGGAUAUAGCUAUUUACUAACCCUGUAUAUAUGGGAUAUAGCUAUUUACUAACCCUGUAUAUAUGGGAUAUAGCUAUUUACUAACCCUGUAUAUAUGGGAUAUAGCUAUUUACUAACCCUGUAUAUCUGGGAUAUAGCUAUUACUAACCCUGUAUAUCUGGGAUACAGCUCUUUACUAACCCUGUAUAUCUGGGAUAUAGCUAUUACUAACCCUGUAUACAUGGAAUACAGCUAUUUACUAACCCUGUAUACAUGGAAUACAGCUAUUUACUAACCCUGUAUAUCUGGGAUACAGCUCUUUACUAACCCUGUAUAUCUGGGAUAUAGCUAUUACUAACCCUGUAUACAUGGAAUACAGCUAUUUACUAACCUUGUAUAUCUGGGAUAUAUCUACUAACUCUGUAUAUCUGGAAUAUAGGUCUGCUCAUAACCACUACCCCCCUAAGUGUUACCUGGGUGCAGAAGACGCCGGAUAGCUCUAUUCACCCUAAGUACAUCCUAUGCAGAGAGCGGAGCCAUUGAGUGUGGCUCUGCUUAGCUCAGUGGAGGGGCUGGAGCCAUGGAAGCCUGGUGAGACAGGCAAGUUGUCAAAUUGUUCUAAAAUAAUUUGACAAAUAAAACUGGGAGGACACCAGGGAACUCCUAUUACCAUGACUACUUCAGUGGUCCAAUUUAUUAAAUAGACUAUCCUGUAGCUGGGGAUGGUUGCUUUUAGCAGUUCUCAUACAUUACAUUUGUAAUAUGCAAAUAAUUAAACCAUGAAUCUAUAAGAUUGAUAUUUUAUUGAAUCAACCAGUUGUGACGAGACCAAUCUCGCCACAUUGCAUUGGAGAAGCCUGGUUGCUCGCCUGCUGCCUCUGGACUAUGGCCCCCUGUUAAAAGACAUUGUUUCGCCUGCAGAAAAGCUGUAUUCGUGUGGUCUGAGCGCCAUUCACUUAAUAAUGUGCGCUCAGACCUGAGCUAUCUGGGGAUAUGUUAAAUGUAUAGUUUUAAUGUAAUGUGUCUUAUCUGGUGUAUUUUAACAGUAAUGCUUGUUUUAGUAUCCCCAUGUGCAUAAUGGAGAGUUGCCUUUGUCUUGGGAGAUAAUUGAAUUACUUCUCAAUUAUCUCCCAGGGCAGAGGGGAGGAAGCCAGGAUGCAUUGUGGGAAUAUAUUGUGACUGUGUGUCCUAUCUGUCUGCUUGUCUGUCCCUUGUCACAGUCUCCCAUUUGGUCCCCUAGGGGAGUGUCCACCAGGUGGGAGACCUGCAUAAAUACUGGGCAGGUAGCCCUCAUUAAACAGACCACUGCUUGACCCUCAACACGGAGCUCUGUCUCGUCUUUGGGGGGAUUUACUGUAUGCUGAUAGAGACUGAUUGCCAGGAGCGUAAGCCACUUGGGUGCUUUUCCUGUUCGUCUGCUAGCAGCUAUUCGUGAGGUUCCAGUUAAGCGUGAUGUUUGGGCAUUCCCUUGUAUGCGGAUUCGGUGUUUGGGCAUUCCCUUGUAUGCCGUUGGUGUUUGGGCAUUCCUUGUAUGCGGUUCCCGGUGUUUGGGCAUUCCCUUGUAUGCGGAUUCGGGUGUUUUGGAGCAUUCCCUUGUAUGCCGUUCGAGGGUGUUUGGAGCAUUCCCUUGUAUACGUUGGUGUUUGGGCAUUCCUUGUACCUUCGUUGGUGUUUGGAGCAUUCCCUUGUAUGCCGUUCGGGUGUUUGGAGCAUUCCCUUGUAUGCCGUUCGGGUGUUUGGAGCAUUCCCUUGUAUGCCGUUCGGGUGUUUGGUGUUCUGCAGUAGCUGUGCCUGCAUCUCUGGAAAGGGGGCCGAUCGCCUAAAUGGUUUUUACCCCUUUUGUCCAAAACGGUCCGUUACACAGGUGGUUUGGGGUAAAUGUUUGUAACAUGAUAUCAUUGUGGAUUAAUAAUCCCACUUAGUGCAGAUGUCAUCAUAUUACAGUAAGUGCUAUACUUGCUGCCCUGUAAACUGUCAUUUUGGCCUUCCCAGAUUUGCAUCAUCUGUUCGCUGUCUUGAACCGACUCUUAAUUGUAUAUUGAUUUAAGGUUUACUCCUAACACCAUGACCACUUCAUUGGUUUAAAAUGGACAUGGUGCCUGGAAUCUGUGUGUGCAGAGUUUCACUUUGAAACAAUUUCCAAGCUGGUUAAUGUCAAUUGUGUGCCACCCCUGCCCUUGCUGACCUCGCGUCCCCUCCCAUGAGGGGGAGCUGGCUUUUUACUAACCCUGGAACGGAGGUAAGUUUGGGAUUUUAGUUAGUUAGUUGGGGGGUGGGUGGGUUGGACAAUCUUUAACCAAACACCAGUUUUGUUUGGAGUAAGCUUUUAAAUUUGAUGCCUUGGCAUUGAUCUAGUUAGUGCAGAGUCCUGUCCAUUCAUUAAAGAGCCCGGUUUCCUCCUGCAGAGUAUAGACACAGUGCAAGCUGUGUAAUAAACAAUAAUAAUACAUUAAAGGAUAUUAGUUUUAUUUCGUCCACGUGGCUGUGCUGGUAAUUUGGGACUGUGCUGGUACAUGCAGAUUAUUUAGGAUUUAUUACAUGAAUGAAUCGUGGUCUAAAUUAAAACGCCCUAAACUAUUCUAGUAAAUUGGUUGUUUGUUAAUGAAUGUUUCACUUUUUGUUCCUUUUAUUUCCCCCAUAUUUAUUUUGAUGAGGUUGAGAACAUACAUUUAUAUCUUUUAUUUUUAUCUUUUUUUUUUUUUUUCCUUUUUUUAUCGUUCCUUUUUUUUUAGACACCUAUAUCCAUAUGAUGGUAACUUCAGGGGACGCAAAAGAAGAGGACCCUGAACCGUUUCUGAAACUUGGUCCAAGUAUGAUCGCAUGUGGCUUGUAGUGUGUUGGGCUGUGUACUUCCUAUGGGCACUUCUCAUGGUCGUAGACGCUCCUCAUGUUAAUGUUUUGAACCCUUACUCCCCUGGAUUUUUUUAUUUGGCUGUGUAUAAUGUCCAGCACAUAACAGCCUGCCAAUGCAUUUAGUCUGCUGUUUAGCAAUACCUAAAACUGUAAGUUUAUGUAAAUGGAGUCCGUUUUAAAUCAAUAAAGUGACACAAAUGAGUCGAAGUGCUGCCUACUGAAGACCAGUGUUGGAACAGAUGAAGAGGGGACAUAAUGCACACGGGGGUGAGAAUAAAACCCUAUCCUGUAUGUUGGUACAGACAUGGAAUGGGCUUGACAAAUUUACUUUUUAUUAAAAUGCUAUAAGACUACAAGUGACUACAGGAUAUCAAAUAUCGUAGAGUAAUCAAAGCCUGUGGAGCCUCUGCUCUAGUUGUAGCUCUGUGCAUUGGGUAUAGAGCUAUGUUUGUUCCUGUGUUGGAAGACGAUAUAAAGUAUUUUUAAUGUUUUGUUUUGUAGAUUUUGUCAGCAGCUUUAGGUGGAGAAUAAAAUGAACAAAUGUGAGGUCACUGAGAAUUGAAUUAAAUCCCACUUCCUUCGUUCCGUUACACAAUUCUUCAUUUUUAGGAUUUUUCUUGAUAUUUUGUGAAAGUUUACCUGGAAUAUCACAGACCGAAUGCUGAGCUGGUAGCUGCGUGAAGAUUUUAAGCGUGUCUGUAGAAUUUGCCCAUUUCUAAUAUUAAUAAAGUGAAUUAUGCUUCCAGAUAGGGGUAAACACGUACUGUAGAUCUCAAGGUAACGACACGGUGCCCAGUUAUUCCUAGAACUCAUUUGAUGGGUUUUCUGGCCCUGAUAAAAGUGUUCCAUUUUCUUGUAAUUAGUAUAAUGGCUCCCAUGCAUUAUGUUAAUUAAUCAUUCCUGUCUGCGGUUUUCUUAGUCGCUCAGGCAAGUUUUAGCACGGAUUAAAGCGACACUGAUUCCUGCCUCUCUCUCUUUAUUCAAUUCCUGCAGAAACCGGUAACUACACUUGUGAAUUCUGCGGAAAGCAGUACAAAUACUACACUCCGUAUCAGGAACACGUGGCUCUCCACGCGCCUCUCAGUGAGUAUAGUUUUUAGCUGCUCUCUCUCCAACUUGCAGUCCAUUGCAAUUUCAGGAUGAAUUCAUUUUUCAUCUCAACUCAAGGCACAGGUUAAUGCAUAAACCCUGGUGAAGUGCAAACAAUAAGCUGCACCUACACCUACAGAACUUAAUAAGAUUGGAUAUAUUUAAUUCUGCAUUAUAAACCCUUUGGGUGUCAGCCCUGAUCUCUUAUUGCAAUUAUUAAUUCUGUUUUCUCCCCACUAGAGGGCACAUUCAGCCACGACAUAGAACACAAAGUACCAAACAACUAUGAAGAAACAAACAGCAACUCUCAGCAUUCAAGCGGUGAGUGUGUGAUGGAGUGAUCGCACAGGACUGCUAGUCACACUGUUAUUGCCAUGGCUGAAAGUAUUUUACAAUGAAUGUUCGGCGAUUAUUUUACAUUAUUGUAUAGGGGCCUCAAUAGCCAGACAUGCUGCCAUCGUAUAAUCCUUUCUGCUAAUUGGAUAACAUGGUAAAAACACCAAAGAGUGCCAAUUAUUGCACCUCUAACCCGGGAUGUCUCCACCAUGGGACUGAUUGCCUCACUGUUGUUUAAUGGAUAUAGAGAGAUUUUUUUUAAUGUGCAUUUUAACUCAAGUGCAACUGAUCAGUACAGCAACAUAAGUUUUUUUUGAUAAUGUUUUAUACCCUGAAUCAGUCAAUUCAAUGAAACCGGUCAGUACACGGCACAUUUCCUGUUUUGUUUUUUUUAUUAUUGUUACACUAUGAUCAGAGGCGUCUUUUUACUUAGGAUCUCUGAACCAGAAUAGUGGCAUUAUUUUUUUGUAUGUAAUGCACGUGGAACAAUAUUUGGUGGGAUCUCACAUACCACGUGUAGUACUAUACUAUUACUGUACUGCUUUCUGAGCCCUUUUCACUGUCUUACAAUGAAUUGCCAGAUUCGGAGUGUAGUAAAUUACCUGCAGGAUCUAACACAUUAACGUGGCCUUCCCAUCAGGUUCCAGCAGAACGCACAGAAUGUCAGACAUGGUGGUAGCCGGGAAUAUUACAGCCUGGCAGAAAGGUGAGUUCAGUGUUAGCUAUGUACAGCCACACAAAGCUUACUUACAGAGCUGGAAUACCACGAGACACACAGCAACUUACAGAGCAGAAACUAGAGAUACAGGGAUACCACGAGAGACGGGGCACAUACAUAGCAGAAACCCAUGAGAUACAGCCAAACACAGAGCAGGAAUACCACGAGAGAGACCGCCACAUACAUAGCAGAAAAUCCAGAAGAGAUACAGCUCUACACAGAGCAGGGAUACAUAGCAGAAAAUCCACGAGAGAUACAACUAUACACAGAGCAGGAAUACUACGAGAGAGACAGCCACAUACAGAGCUGAAUUACCAAGAGAGACAAAGCCACACACAGAGCAGGAAUACCACGAGAGACACAGCCACAUACAGAGCAGGAAUACCACGAGAGACACAGCCACACACAGAGCAGGAAUACCACGAAAGACACAGCCACACACAGAGGAGGAAUACCACGAAAGACACAGCCACACACAGAGCAGGAAUACCACAAGUGAAGAACAUUAUUUGUAUAGGAAUAUAGAAUAUAAAUGGUAAAAAUGAUAAUUUUGUCCUUUUGAUUACUUUAGAACCGGCCAAUCAAAUUAUUCCCAGUUCAUUUCCAUUAUUACAAAGUAAGUUCCUGUGUUCCUGUCCAUGUGUUUGUUGUAACAUUAUUGGGAUUAUACCUCUCUGAUUCCCCCCCCCCCCCUUUCUGUAGAGGGAUAGUGAGUCCAUGUUUUCUAUGGAGAAUAUAAUUCAGUUUGGAAGCUGGCGUAGUGUGUGGCAUAUUUCAGAGGGCGUCAUACAGUGCUGGCUGCUUUGUAUAAAUAGACUGAAACUGAGAUACGUCAUCCCGAUCACAGUGUAUCGCUAUCUGGGUUUCUUACAUGUGACUGGGCGUAAUGUAAUAUAGCUUGUGCGGUUUUACCCUUUACUACGUAGUAGAAUUGUUCAUUAAUUUUCAGACAUAAUUUAUCAAGAAUCCAGGACUCUCUUUGAAAGGCUUUACUUUAUCUGAGAUUUAAUGGAACUUCUUCUGUAUUCUGUGUUUCUUGUGGUUUGCACGCCUCCUCAAAUGGAUUAACAUUGUCACGCCUUAGUAAAGGUUAUCUUGUCUCUCUCGUGGCUUAUCAGACAUUACCUGAGACAGGGCAGCUUUUACUUAAAGUAAAGUAUUCCUUAUACAUGGUUUGGCUCAUUAUUCACAGUAUUUGGAUAAGUAUGGUGGUCAGUGCUUGAUGGCAUAUGUGUGUGGUUUGGCACUUGUCACAGUUACAGUAAGUUUUAUUCUCCCCUCACCAUCUCUUCUGGAUACUGAGGACAUUCUGUGGCCAGCAAUCUUGUCCUCCAAUACGUUCUGGCUCCUUAGAAGCUGUACAGGUUAUGUAGGUGGGUCUAGGAUGAGCCCCUUUCAGUAGGGUUCUUGGGGAUAGAUUUCAGCCUUGUAGCAUUGUGUUUAAACACCUGCAGUUGAGAAGCAUUUAGUAACAAUAUUCAUUGUGUUUCUCUUGAAUCUUCCGAGGCAAGGGAUGGAAGAAAAAAAUAAAAAGAAAAGAGGAACCGAGUAACAAGCCAGUGAAAGAAGAGAAAGGUGCUAAAGCAGAAGGUGCGUCAUCAAGACAGGGGGCUCAUCCACAUUGUCACUCUGGCCCCACCGAGUCUGUAACGCACGCCUGUUACCCUUAGCCAGAGGUCAUUUACCUGUAUAUCCAGAGAGGAAAUUAAUACUCAGCCACACUACUGAUAAACCUACAUCAUCCAGCAGUCGCAGUGGGUAACCAGUCAGCCAUUAUCGCUGUAUUCAAUCAGACACACAGUAACCAGUCAGCCAUUAACGCUGUAUUCAAUCAGACACACAGUAACCAGUCAGCCAUUAUCCCUGUACUCAGCGCAGUCAGACUCACUAUCUGACACAGUAACCAGUCAGCCUUAUCCCUGUACUCAGCGCAGUCAGACUCACUAUCUGACACAGUAACCAGUCAGCCAUUAUCCCUGUACUCAGCUCAGUCAGACUCACUAUCUGACACAGUAACCAGUCAGCCAUUAUCCCUGUACUCAGCGCAGUCACACUCACUAUCUGACACAGUAACCAGUCAGCCAUUAUCCCUGUACUCAGCGCAGUCAGACCCACUAUCUGACACAGUAACCAGUCAGCCAUUAUCCCUGUACUCAGCGCAGUCAGACUCACUAUCUGACACAGUAACCAGUCAGCCAUUAUCACUGUACUCAGCGCAGUCAGACUCACUAUCUGACACAGUAACCAGUCAGCCAUUAUCCCUGUACUCAGCGCAGUCAGACUCACUAUCUGACACAGUAACCAGUCAGCCAUUAUCCCUGUACUCAGCGCAGUCAGACUCACUAUCUGACACAGUAACCAGUCAGCCAUUAUCCCUGUACUCAGCGCAGUCAGACUCUCUAUCUGACACAGUAACCAGUCAGCCAUUAUCCCUGUACUCAGCGCAGUCAGACCCACUAUCUGACACAGUAACCAGUCAGCCAUUAUCCCUGUACUCAGCGCAGUCAGACCCACUAUCUGACACAGUAACCAGUCAGCCAUUAUCACUGUACUCAGCGCAGUCAGACUCUCUAUCUGACACAGUAACCAGUCAGCCAUUAUCACUGUACUCAGCGCAGUCAGACUCACUAUCUGACACAGUAACCAGUCAGCCAUUAUCACUGUACUCAGCGCAGUCAGACUCACUAUCUGACACAGUAAGCAGUCAGCCAUUAUCACUGUACUCAGCGCAGUCAGACCCACUAUCUGACACAGUAACCAGUCAGCCAUUAUCCCUGUACUCAGCGCAGUCAGACCACUAUCUGACACAGUAACCAGUCAGCCAUUAUCCCUGUACUUAGCAGCCGUCAGGCUCACUCACUAUCUGACACAGUAACCAGUCAGCCAUUAUCCCUGUACUCAGCGCAGUCAGACUCUCUAUCUGACACAGUAACCAGUCAGCCAUUAUCACUGUACUCAGCGCAGUCAGACUCACUAUCUGACACAGUAACCAGUCAGCCAUUAUCCCUGUACUCAGCGCAGUCAGACUCACUAUCUGACACAGUAACCAGUCAGCCAUUAUCCCUGUACUCAGCGCAGUCAGACCACUAUCUGACACAGUAACCAGUCAGCCAUUAUCCCUGUACUCAGCGCAGUCAGACUCACUAUCUGACACAGUAACCAGUCAGCCAUUAUCCCUGUACUCAGCGCAGUCAGACUCACUAUCUGACACAGUAACCAGUCAGCCAUUAUCCCUGUACUCAGCGCAGUCAGACUCACUAUCUGACACAGUAACCAGUCAGCCAUUAUCACUGUACUCAGCGCAGUCAGACUCACUAUCUGACACAGUAACCAGUCAGCCAUUAUCCCUGUACUCAGCGCAGUCAGACUCACUAUCUGACACAGUAACCAGUCAGCCAUUAUCACUGUACUCAGCGCAGUAAGACUCACUAUCUGACACAGUAACCAGUCAACCAGUCAGCCAUUAUCGCUGUACUCAGCGCAGUCAGACCCACUAUCUGACACAGUAAGCAGUCAGCCAUUAUCACUGUACUCAGCGCAGUCAGACCCACUAUCUGACACAGUAACCAGUCAGCCAUUAUCAGUCAGACUCACUAUCUGACACAGUAACCAGUCAGCCAUUAUCCCUGUACUCAGCGCAGUCAGACUCUCUAUCUGACACAGUAACCAGUCAGCCAUUAUCCCUGUACUCAGCGCAGUCAGACUCUCUAUCUGACACAGUAACCAGUCAGCCAUUAUCACUGUACUCAGCGCAGUCAGACCCACUAUCUGACACAGUAAGCAGUCAGCCAUUAUCGCUGUACUCUGCGCAGUCAGACCCACUAUCCGAUAUACUGACAGUGACACACAAUAACCAGUCAGCAGGAAGCGCAGAUACUGAGACGCCGUUAUAUAUUUAUACAAGGAUUAUGAGUAGUUAUUGUUGCAUGUACAGAGGACAUGCAGUCAUUCAGUCACAAUGCGCCUUAUUGCACAGUCUCAUAUAAAAUGUAUAAAAGUAAUAAGGGAUACCACCCUUGCCUUGCAGAUCUUCCAACCUAUAAGACUGAUCUUCGAUUUGGCUCAUGGAGCUUGCAGCCGCAGAUUAUCAUUAACGGCAAAUAGACAAUCUGCGGGUAUUGAGGGCUCACAUACAAAUAGUACAAAAAAAUGAAGGAAUAAAAAGUGUGUUGUAGGCUUUUUAUUUUUAAACCACUUCAAAGGUGUAAAAAACAAAUAUUUCCUCUUAUGUGUGCAUUAAAAAGAGAAAAACGAAAUGGAAAGAAAUGCACAAAAAGUGCUCAUUUCUGAUAGUUAGGUAACAUGUGGGAUAGUAGUAGCAUAACCAAAAGAUCAUUUCAUUGUGUGAUACGUCUAGAAUUCAGAAUUCCAUAUCUAAACGUAGACUUUGGCCCAACGAGUGUCGCAUUCUCCCCAGCGAACACAACUGGUAUCCCUUUUACGCCGACGCCUCACAUUGAGGUUGUGGCCAAGCGCAGACACUGUUGGGUGAAAUGUACCAAUGACCUUAUUAACCACACAGAUUUCAAAAAGAGGUAAAUUGCCCAGUUUAGUGAAAAGGACAUGUUUCCAGCUUGUUAGUGAAAGCUCUCGGUUGCCGUCUGUAAUUCGCGUGGACGGGUUAGGAAGGUAAUGCACUGUUUUGUUAAGCUAGUAUUUGUGCACAUACAGUAAAUUCCACACCCAGACAAACCAUGUGGAAUAUGUAAGGAAUGCGUGAAAAAUAGCUUGCUUUACAAGCAGCUGUAUAACUAAUAGGAAUGUCAUAUUGGAGAUCUGUUGAAACAAUUAGUGACAAACAUUAUUUUGUUUUUAUAGUAACUUGUUUGCAGUUUAUUGUAUUUGUGUAUCGAAGAGACUAAUGAAGGGUUAAUGUAAAUGUGCAUAGCUAUCUAGGAGCCAUGACUGUGUGGCAGAACGCAUUCUAAUACAGAAAUACGUUAUUGUGCUUAAUAUAAUCAGUGUUACAUUUUACACAAUUCUGUCUGCUGUAUCGGUAAAUACCUCAUAGACUUUACAGUCUAUACAUGUUAUUAGCUAGUAAUAUCCCACAGAGCUUACAUUCUAUCAUUAUAAUCUAGUAAGGCCCACAGAGCUUACAUUCUAUCAUUAUAAUCUAGUAAUGGCCCACAGAGCUUACAUUCUAUCAUUAUAAUCUAGUAAUAUCCCACAGAGCUUACAUUCUAUCAUUAUAAUCUAGUAAUGGCACCCAGAGCUUACAUUCUAUCAUUAUAAUCUAGUAAUAUCCCACAGAGUUUACAUUCUAUCAGUAUAAUCUAGUAAUAUCCCACAGAGUUUACAUUCUAUCAGUAUAAUCUAGUAAUAUCCCACAGAGCUUACAUUCUAUCAUUAUAAUCUAGUAAUAUCCCACAGAGCUUACAUUCUAUCAUUAUAAUCUAGUAAUAUCCCACAGAGUUUACAUUCUAUCAUUAUAAUCUAGUAAUAUCCCACAGAGUUUACAUUCUAUCAGUAUAAUCUAGUAAUAUCCCACAGAGCUUACAUUCUAUCAGUAUAAUCUAGUAAUAUCCCACAGAGCUUACAUUCUAUCAUUAUAAUCUAGUAAUAUCCCACAGAGCUUACAUUCUAUCAUUAUAAUCUAGUAAUAUCCCACAGAGCUUACAUUCUAUCAUUAUAAUCUAGUAAUAUCCCACAGAGCUUACAUUCUAUCAUUAUAAUCUAGUAAUAUCCCACAGAGCUUACAUUCUAUCAUUAUAAUCUAGUAAUGGCCCACAGAGCUUACAUUCUAUCAUUAUAAUCUAGUAAUAUCCCACAGAGUUUACAUUCUAUCAGUAUAAUCUAGUAAUAUCCCACAGAGUUUACAUUCUAUCAGUAUAAUCUAGUAAUGGCCCACAGAGCUUACAUUCUAUCAGUAUAAUCUAGUAAUAUCCCACAGAUCUUACAUUCUAUCAUUAUAAUCUAGUAAUAUCCCACAGAGUUUACAUUCUAUCAUUAUAAUCUAGUAAUGGCCCACAGAGCUUACAUUCUAUUAUUAUAAUCUAGUAAUGGCACCCAGAGCUUACAUUCUAUCAUUAUAAUCUAGUAAUAUCCCACAGAGCUUACAUUCUAUCAUUAUAAUCUAGUAAUAUCCCACAGAGUUUACAUUCUAUCAUUAUAAUCUAGUAAGGCCCACAGAGCUUACAUUCUAUCAUUAUAAUCUAGUAAUGGCCCACAGAGCUUACAUUCUAUCAUUAUAAUCUAGUAAUAUCCCACAGAGCUUACAUUCUAUCAUUAUAAUCUAGUAAUGGCACCCAGAGCUUACAUUCUAUCAUUAUAAUCUAGUAAUAUCCCACAGAGUUUACAUUCUAUCAGUAUAAUCUAGUAAUAUCCCACAGAGUUUACAUUCUAUCAGUAUAAUCUAGUAAUAUCCCACAGAGCUUACAUUCUAUCAUUAUAAUCUAGUAAUAUCCCACAGAGUUUACAUUCUAUCAUUAUAAUCUAGUAAUAUCCCACAGAGUUUACAUUCUAUCAUUAUAAUCUAGUAAUAUCCCACAGAGUUUACAUUCUAUCAUUAUAAUCUAGUAAUAUCCCACAGAGCUUACAUUCUAUCAUUAUAAUCUAGUAAUAUCCCACAGAGCUUACAUUCUAUCAUUAUAAUCUAGUAAUAUCCCACAGAGCUUACAUUCUAUCAUUAUAAUCUAGUAAUAUCCCACAGAGUUUACAUUCUAUCAUUAUAAUCUAGUAAUAUCCCACAGAGCUUACAUUCUAUCAUUAUAAUCUAGUAAUAUCCCACAGAGUUUACAUUCUAUCAUUAGAAUCUAGUAAUGGCACCCAGAGCUUACAUUCUAUCAUUAUAAUCUAGUAAUAUCCCACAGAGUUUACAUUCUAUCAUUAUAAUCUAGUAAUGGCCCACAGAGCUUACAUUCUAUCAUUAUAAUCUAGUAAUAUCCCACAGAGUUUACAUUCUAUCAUUAUAAUCUAGUAAUAUCCCACAGAGCUUACAUUCUAUCAUUAUAAUCUAGUAAUAUCCCACAGAGUUUACAUUCUAUCAGUAUAAUCUAGUAAUAUCCCACAGAGUUUACAUUCUAUCAUUAUAAUCUAGUAAUGGCCCACAGAGCUUACAUUCUAUCAUUAUAAUCUAGUAAUAUCCCACAGAGUUUACAUUCUAUCAUUAUAAUCUAGUAAUAUCCCACAGAGCUUACAUUCUAUCAUUAUAAUCUAGUAAUAUCCCACAGAGCUUACAUUCUAUCAUUAUAAUCUAGUAAUAUCCCACAGAGUUUACAUUCUAUCAGUAUAAUCUAGUAAUAUCCCACAGAGCUUACAUUCUAUUAUUAUAAUCUAGUAAUGGCCCACAGAGCUUACAUUCUAUCAUUAUAAUCUAGUAAUAUCCCACAGAGUUUACAUUCUAUCAUUAUAAUCUAGUAAUAUCCCACAGAGCUUACAUUCUAUCAUUAUAAUCUAGUAAUAUCCCACAGAGCUUACAUUCUAUCAUUAUAAUCUAGUAAUAUCCCACAGAGUUUACAUUCUAUCAGUAUAAUCUAGUAAUAUCCCACAGAGCUUACAUUCUAUUAUUAUAAUCUAGUAAUGGCCCACAGAGCUUACAUUCUAUCAUUAUAAUCUAGUAAUAUCCCACAGAGUUUACAUUCUAUCAUUAUAAUCUAGUAAUAUCCCACAGAGCUUACAUUCUAUCAUUAUAAUCUAGUAAUAUCCCACAGAGCUUACAUUCUAUCAUUAUAAUCUAAUGUGGCCCUAGGCUUGUUCUGUCGUAUAAUCUAGUAAUAUCUAGGUUCACAUUUAUCAGUAUAAUCUAAUAGUAAUAUCCUGGAGGCUUACAUUCUAUCAUUAUAAUCUAGUAAGGCCCACAGAGCUUACAUUCUAUCAUUAUAAUCUAGUAAUGGCCCACAGAGCUUACAUUCUAUCAUUAUAAUCUAGUAAUAUCCCACAGAGCUUACAUUCUAUCAUUAUAAUCUAGUAAUAUCCCACAGAGCUUACAUUCUAUCAUUAUAAUCUAGUAAUAUCCCACAGAGCUUACAUUCUAUCAUUAUAAUCUAGUAAUGGCCCACAGAGUUUACAUUCUAUCAUUAUAAUCUAGUAAUAUCCCACAGAGUUUACAUUCUAUCAUUAUAAUCUAGUAAUAUCCCACAGAGUUUACAUUCUAUCAUUAUAAUCUAGUAAUAUCCCACAGAGCUUACAUUCUAUCAUUAUAAUCUAGUAAUGGCACCCAGAGCUUACAUUCUAUCAUUAUAAUCUAGUAAUGGCCCACAGAGCUUACAUUCUAUCAUUAUAAUCUAGUAAUGGCCCACAGAGCUUACAUUCUAUCAUUAUAAUCUAGUAAUGGCCCACAGAGUUUACAUUCUAUCAUUAUAAUCUAGUAAUAUCCCACAGAGUUUACGUUCUAUCAUUAUAAUCUAGUAAUAUCCCACAGAGCUUACAUUCUAUCAUUAUAAUCUAGUAAUAUCCCACAGAGUUUACAUUCUAUCAUUAUAAUCUAGUAAUGGUCCACAGAGCUUACAUUCUAUCAUUAUAAUCUAGUAAUGGCCCACAGAGUUCACAUUCUAUUAUUACAAUCUAGUAAUCUUAGCUGUACUCUGAGCUUUAUGGAGUUAGGACACAGAGAGGCCAUGGAGAAGCAGCCUUGAAUUUAACCUCCUGUUGUACACACACAGCCAAAAUAAGCAUGUCUCCGCUUUAAAAUAAAUUGUACGUAUAACACAAAUUCCAAUUUCCCCUUUAUGCAAGCUCGCUCUGAUAGAAAGUUUGUGUCCUCUCCUGCUUCCUGUUCCGUGCUGUCCUCACGGCAGCCACUGUCUCCACUAUCAGGAGAGCAUUACAACUUUGUGUGGACACACUCCUGUCUUGGUUAUAAUCCAUUUAAUGUGUGUCUGGGGAAUAGUCUGAUCGGGGUUUGAAUCUGUGAGAUAUGUAUGGAAUAAUAAGAAAGUGGGUCUAUUCAUAUAUUUACAAUGUAAAAAUAUCAGGAAUGGACAGAGGAAAUAUAGUCCUAUCUAGGCAAAGGAGACUUCUGAAGGGUUUCUGCAUGAUCGUUAUUCCUUCCAGAUCUUGUAUGCCCAGUCAGUUCUUAGAUGUAGGAAUGAACCACCCACUCGGAGCACAGAUGUCGGAGUGAGCCACCCACUCGGAGCUCAGAUGUCGGAGUGAGCCACCCACUCGGAGCUCAGAUGUCGGAGUGAGCCACCCACUCGGAGCUCAGAUGUCGGAGUGAGCCACCCACUCGAAGCUCAGAUGGAGUGAGCAACCACUCAAAAGGGAGUGUUGUCCCACCCCAAGGGGAUAUCCUAGGGUGAAACAAGAUGUUAAGGCCACUCCCCCUGCACCUCCCAGAUCAAAAGAAAAGUCACUUAAAUAGUGCUUCCAAUUAGGGGGUAACCCUGCAGCUAAACUACUGACAAUGAGAACAAAAAUCCCAGUGUCACCAAUUGUGGGAUACACUGGGAGGAAGCACAAAAGUAUUGUAAGUGGCCAAAAAAAACACCUUAAACUUUAUUCUCAAUGAUACAAAAAAAUAAUGGUCCACUUAAAAAGAAAAUAUAAAUCGUAUUAAAACAGGGGUAUAAGAGGUGGCUGGUGUCCACUUCUGGACAGGUAGGGAGGAGGGUAAUUACAAAGAGCGGUAGGAGGUCUGCAUCCUUAAACUAGACCCAUCCAAACCUCCCCUGUACACUGUGUCCCAAAACGCCAGAGAGGGAACCAGGAGGUUGCCAAAGAUAAAGGUUCUACAAAUUCCCCAUUAAUAAAAAAUCUCUCGCUGUCCCUGUAUACCUCGGCACCGCACAGAGCUAAUGCUUACAUGAACAAGUAACCCUGAACACUCAAAACAAAAAUUCAAAUGUGCAUAGUGCUACCCAAGUGUAAAUUGACAAUAAGAGCUUGAUGCGCGUUUCAGCGUGCUAAGACGCCGUCGUCAGGAGCAGAGUGGCCUUAGGUAUCCUCUGAGUUGGUUUAAACACCCAGCCCUCAAUUAGCCAUGUGUGAAUGAUCCGAUAAUCAGACGGCCCACAAGCCAUUCGAAGGAAGAGGUGUGGCAGCCUGAAGGUAUGAAGGAAGGUCCAAUCUUCCUUUAUUUGCUGAAUACAAUUCUCUGAGUGUAUCACUCAGAGUUCAGAUGUUGGAGUGAGCCACCACUCAGAGCUCAGAUGCUGGAGUGAGCCACCCACUCCGAACUCAGUUGUUGGAGUGGCUCAUUAUGAGACCUGGUUAAAGAGCUCACAGUCUAUCGUACAAUAUGAGACCUGGCCAAAGAGCUUACAGUCUAUCGUACAAUACGAGACAGGCGUAAAGAGCUUACAGUGAGUCGUGUGAUGUAAUACUGGAUCCACACUGGUGGAAUAAACUAAUUUAAAAAUACCUAUUACUUUCAUUCUUAUAGUUUAAUGAGCUUGGUCAAAGAGCUUACAUACAUCCUAGUGGUAUAAUGAAAAACCUGCAUCAGUUUUUUCAAACUGUAGCAAAUAUCUCGUCUCCUUCCAUCUGUCAGUAAUUCACAUGGAAUUAUGUCUGUUUCUUAGCUGCCAUACAUAUGAGUAUAUUGGUUAUUGCCUUGUGUGAUCUGAACCCAGAGGGCUUUUAACCUAAAACUACUUCUAAUCCUUCCUGUGGCUACUGAGAGAUAGACAUGAUGGUUUGUGUCAGGCAUGCUAUCUCCUAACUGCUUCUUAAUGCACCCCACAUGGCAAAUCGAAAAUAGAAGAGGGUGGGUCAUGACCCAGAUGGGGGCAUGUAAACACACUUAACAGGAAGCAACAUCUUAUACAAAGUGUCACAAACUGUAAUCAAUAUGGAAAUAAGUAAGAUGUUGCAAAGUGUACUGGUCUCCACAGUCUGUUCACUACUUUGCCCUAUUUUUUUGUUUGCAACACUUUAAUCUCCCCUAUAAUAUUGAAAUAAACAUUUAUCAACCCCUGAAACAUGGUGUUACAUAAUGUAGUAUAACACGAUUUACCCUGUGCUCAGUAAGCAUUUAAUAUAGCUCCUGGCCAAUCACCACGAUCAGUAAUCCUCUACUCACCAAUCCCAAGCAUUGUAAUGUACUUAGCAGUGAAUUGCAAGCUCUUCUGGGCAGGGUCUUGUAUUAAACCACCAGUAAUUACAAUUAAGUACAAUUCUUGUUUGUGCAUCUCUUAAGGCUCAGUCUGCACGGCCUUCAGCUUGGCACAAUUAAACCGUACCAUUCAGAAAGCCUUAGCUCCUUCUAGUGGUUAGGGUACAAGCUUUCCGCAAACAUUGAGUGCAGCCAUCAGACCCAGGCUAGGCCGGCUGCCAAUCAGACCCAGGCUAGGCCGGCUGCCAAUCAGACCCAGGCUAGGCCGGCUGCCAAUCAGACCCAGGCUAGGCCGGCUGCCAAUCAGACCCAAGCUAGGCUGAUGGCCAAUCAGAUCCAGGCUAGGUAGGUGGCCCAGGGAUAGAUGCAGGUUUUGUCAUUUCCAGUUAGUGUGCUUACAUGGCGUUGACAGAACUCUUUGUAAAACCCGCAAAUUGUUUUCUCACAGAGCCCUACACUUGCGGUGCAUGCGGAAUUCAGUUCCAGUUUUACACCAAUCUGCUGGAGCACAUGCAGUCCCAUGCCGGUGAGAAGAUCUCCCAUUUAGAGGCAUUUUAACAUGGCACGGUUUCUGUACUUAGGUUAUUUACCAUGUUUUGGGUUAGAAUUAUUUAAGGCACCUCAAGACUAGGUGAAACCAGAACAGUAUCUUCACCGUAUAAAUUACUCUCCCUCGCAUACCGA